AUGGAGCGCGAGACGCGGUCCGGCCAGUGGGACUGGGUCGUUUGGGCGGACUGCGAUACGUAUUUCAUGAACAUGAGUACGACCUUGGACAGUGUCCUUUUCACCUAUGCUGGUGUGGCAGAUGGUGAGCAGUUGACGCUGGAUCCUGAGGUCCACAUGAUCGUCAGCGAGGACAAUGCCAUGCUCAACACCGGCAUCUUCUUUGCGCGCAGCAGCUCUUGGGCCUCCCAGCUCCUGCAGCGUAUUUGGGGUUCCGACACUUCGCCCUGGAUCGAUCAUCCGUGGUGGGAGAAUGCAGCCUUUACGUGGCAGUUCCUGAAGGACAAUGCCAAGAAGUUUGCCUUAGAGGAUCUGGAGGACUGGGCUGCCAAAGGAAAAGAUGAUAUGUGGGGUGUCUACCCUGAUGAGGUCCGAGUGGCUCCGCAGUCUCACUUCAACUCCUACCACCCCAUCACUUCCAGAUUUCAGCACGAUACUUGGGAGGAAGGGAAAUUUGUCAUCGCCUUCAACGGUGUUCUCAGUGCCAGCAGUCCUACUGUGGUGCGCUUUGGGGGAGUGACCAGGAGACAAGGACAGCGGAAUCAGCCAAGGCUUUGCAGGACGGUGCUUUAA